CCCACGCAGCACGCUGCACCGUGCACGUUGCUGUAAACUCACUAUAUUGAAUAUUCCUUCACAUCAGCUAUAAUAUAUUCAGUAUAGUACCGGUUGUAGCUUUACGAUCACGCUUCUAGCCGACUCUACCUAGUGCCUGGUACCCGGUACCUAUUAUGUGAAUAAGUGACGCCAAAAUAGUUUGAGAAGAUGAUAAGUAAUUUGUAAAUAACCAGUAAAAGUGUUAAUUAUACAAAAUCUAUUUUGAAUAAGUUUAAACAUAAAAUAGUGAAUAAAAAUGGAUUGCAAAAUUAAUUUAACACAAAAAAACCCCCAGGAAAAUGCUGGAUUACUCUCCAAAUUGCUUCUGUGGCACUGUUUUCAUCUCUUCCACAAGGGUAAAAAAUACGGUCUAAAUGUCGAAGAUCUGUGGAGGACACGGAAAUGCGAUAUGUCUGGUGAUUUGGGAACCCGUUUAGAAGAAGCGUGGUUUAAGGAACUUCAAAAAGCUAAAAGAAGUGAUUCGAAACCGUCACUAGCAAGAGCUAUCGUUAGAUGCUUUUGGCUGGAGUACAUGAUUCUAGGAAUUGUUUUAGGAAUCCUUUUCAUCCUAAUAUGGCCAAUCAUACCGUAUUCUCUAGCUCUGUUCAUAAAUUACUUCACUAAUGAAAGAAGCUCUGAGUCUUACAAGUACGCGCACAUAUACAAUAUGAUAUUAAAUUUAUGCAUUAUUUCUACACCUUUUCUCGUUAAUCUAACAGAAUUUGGGCUAAGUAUCGUUGGAAUGAAAGUCAGAAUAGCCUGCUGCUCCUUGAUGUAUAGGAAGAUGAUGAGGCUUAGUCGAAGUGGCCUAAGUAAAACAGAAACAGGGCAGGUAAUAAACUUGAUGUCCAACGACGUGGGUCGCUUUGAUGUAGCCUGUUUAUACUUGCAUUACAUUUGGGUGAUGCCAGUGGUGAUCAUAUUCGUUUCUUACCUGGUGUGGCAGCGAAUUGCUUGGGCUGCGCUGGCUGGACUGGGUGUGAUUAUCCUGCAGACUUUGUUGGUACAAACUUAUUUAAGUAGCUGGCUAGCCAAACUCAGAGGGAAGAUAGCUAAACGUACAGACGAGAGAGUCAAGGUUAUGAGCGAACUAGUAAAUGGAGUGCAAGUUAUCAAAAUGUACGCCUGGGAAAAGCCCUUUGAAAAGCUAGUGGAAAAUCUUAGAAAAUUGGAAGUAAAAUUCAUAACACACACUAUGAUGAUCAAGGGAUUCUCUACAAGUAUCAUUGUGUUUACGGAGCGGCUAGUUCUGUACGCUGCGUUAGUGACGUUUAUUGCAAUCGGCGGGGAAAUCAAUUCCGAGAUCACCUUCUCUUUGGCACAAUACUACAACUUGUUACAAAUAGCAUGUAACAUUUAUUUUCCAUGGGCCCUCGCAUUCCUUGGAGAAUCCAAAAUUUCGGUGCAACGUCUUGAAGAAUUCUUACUACUCAAUGAAGUUGAACCGGUUGGAUACAAAGUAAACAAUAUCGAAUCUUUUUCCAAUAUUAAACUUAAGGAUGAUCACAUUAAGAAAUCAUUGAAAUUGGAACUUUCUAAUGUUACUGCUAGUUGGCAGAUUAACCCAAUAGUACAAACUUUGAGAAGCAUUACGCUCGAAGUAAACCCCGGAGAAUUUGUUGGCAUAGUUGGCUCUGUUGGAUCUGGUAAGUCUUCGUUACUUCAAUUAAUUCUGGGAGAGCUGCAACCAAAUUCCGGAAGAAUAUCAUUGGGAGGUGCAACUGUUUCGUACGCUAGUCAGGAUCCUUGGCUCUUUGUGGCUACUGUCCGACAGAACAUACUUUUCGGCUUACCAUACGACAAGGCAAGAUACAAUAAGGUCGUAGAGGCAUGUGCACUUCUCCGCGACUUCGAGCAGCUGCCGGGGGGAGACGGCACGAUGGUGGGGGAGAGGGGAGCCAGCCUCAGCGGCGGACAGAGAGCUCGGGUCGGCCUCGCCCGCGCCUGCUAUAGACAAGCCGACAUAUACCUCCUGGACGACCCGCUGUCGGCGGUGGACACGCACGUGGGCAAGCACCUGGUGUCGGAGUGCGUCAACGGCCUGCUGCGGCACUCCACGCGCGUGCUGGUCACGCACCAGCUGCAUCACCUCAAGACCGCUGACAAAGUCGUCAUACUCAGAAAUGGUGAAAUAGAAGCUCAGGGUACUUUUGAAGAAGUAUCACGUUCCCCGCAUUUCGAUCAGCUUCAUAAAUUUGAAGAACACGAAAAGGAGGAACUCACUGGUGACUCACUUGAAACUGUUCAGGAUAAAACAAAUCCUAUAGCAGAAGAUGCUGAUGACGAUGAGGACGAUUCACAAGAAACAGAUGAACUACUUCGUAAAGAUAGUGUUUCUGGCUCAGUAUACCUAAAAUACUUCAGAGCUGGAGGAAGUUGGAUGCUGCUAAUAUUUACUAUCCUCUCAAUAUUGAUUGCCCAAGUGGUGACUUCGGCUGGUGACCUUUGGUUAAGUCAUUGGAUGAACAAUGUGGAAACAAAUUUGCAAGAAAUGAAUAGCAGUAAAUUAGAAGACUUGGAUACACUUUUACUAUCAUCAGCAACUAACUCAUCUACUGAUUCAGAUAACAAUUCUAUUGCAAACCUCACAGUUAUUGGGACAAUAGUUAAAACAGCAAUAACUCUGGAAGACAUAAGCAAUGUAAAUAAAUUUGAUCAUUUUUACUACAUCUAUAUUUGGAGCGCAGCAUUGCUAGGGUGCAUAAUAUUGACGUCUGAAAGAUCUCUAAUUUUCAUGUGGGUCUGUAUGCGUAGUUCAAUAAAGCUCCACAAUGAAAUGUUUAGUAAUAUUCUAACAGCUACAAUGAGAUUUUUUAAUACGAACCCAUCUGGAAGGAUUUUGAACAGAUUUUCAAAAGACAUGGGUGCUGUUGAUGAAAUGCUGCCUAAAAUGUACAUCGAAAGUAUUCAGGUAACGAUGGUGAUGUUUGGUAUAAUAGCUAUGGUGGCUAUAGUAAAUCCUUACAUGUUGCUUACGACGCUGAUUUGUGGUGCCAUUAUGUACUUGUGGUCAUCCGUUUACUUAAGUACUGCUCAAAUUAUAAGAAGGUUGGAGGGCAUAACUCGAAGUCCGGUAUUCUCUCACGUGUCCGCGAGUAUGUCGGGGUUGGCAACGGUGCGCGCGUGCCAGGCGCAGACCAUGCUGUGCCAGCAGUUCGAUGCAAAACAAGACGUCCACACUGCGGCUUGGUACUUGUCUCUCAUUACGAAUGCUUCGUUCUCUAUAUGGUUAAGCGUCGUUGCAGCAUUAUACGUCCUAGUCGUAACAUACAGCUUGUUGCUGCUAGACAAAGGUGACACAAAGUCAGGUGACGUUGGAUUAGCUGUAAGUCAAGCAAUAGUACUAGUCAAUAUGUUGCAAUAUGGAAUCAAACAAGUAACCCAAGUUGUAUCUCAAAUGACGAGUGUAGAGAGAAUCCUAGAAUACACAAACCUGCCGCAAGAAAUCUCGCCAAACACCUCACCGCCCAAAAACUGGCCACAGCAAGCACGAAUCGUUUUCAAGGACCUUUACCUAAGAUACGAAAAGGACUCCGAGCCAGUGCUUAAAAACUUGAAUAUAGUCAUAGACUCUUGUUGGAAGGUAGGAGUAGUAGGACGCACCGGAGCAGGGAAAUCUUCGCUGAUAUCCGCUUUGUUUCGUCUGGCUCCUAUUGAUGGACAUGUUUAUAUAGAUGACAUCGACACAGGAGAAAUAACGCUAAAAGACCUCCGUUCGAAAAUAUCCAUAAUACCACAGGAGCCAGUUUUGUUCUCUGCGAGCUUACGUUACAACCUGGAUCCAUUUGAUAAAUACUCUGAUGCCGAUAUAUGGAAAGCUUUGGAGCAGGUAAAAUUGAAAGAUAGCGUGACGUCGCUAUCAUCGGCAGUAGAAUCAGGCGGUUCCAACUUCAGCGCUGGUGAGCGUCAGCUGCUGUGUCUGGCGCGGGCCGCCCUCGCCUCCAACAGACUGCUCAUCCUCGACGAGGCCACUGCUAAUGUUGAUCCUAACACCGAUGCGUUAAUACAGAAGUCUAUCCGAGAACACUUUGCGGAUUGCACUGUGGUGACUGUGGCUCAUCGACUGCAUACCGUCGCUGACUCUGAUCGGAUAAUUGUAAUGGAAGCUGGCCAAAUCGUUGAAUUUGGCGAUCCCCAUAAAUUACUACAGAAAGAGGAUGGUCAUUUCAUCAGGAUGGUUAACGAGCUAGGCUCAGCAUCUGAACAAAGCCUACGCGAAUUAGCUAAGGCCGCUUUUUUAGAAAGAAAUAAAGAUAAAUCUAAUUGAUAUCAAAUCAAAAAUAUAUUAUGA